AUGGCCGUAGACCUCGAUGAUGACCCUGACAACAUUCCUGACAUUUUGUAUGAUCGCCAUGAAAAGUUGAAUGUCAGGGAGCCAAGAAAACGUGACUCUCAGGUUGCUUAUUUUGAUAAUAAAACCGAGCAUGAAUUUUUAUCAAACAAAACGGCGAGUACUUUAAUACACCAGGGGGCUGUUCUCCCUGAUGUCCCUCGACAUGGCGAUUACCUAAACAUCAAUAGAAAGAAUGGGAGGCGAUAUUUCCUACGCUUUGAAUCUGAGGAAUCUUUAUGCUACAUUCCUGAUACAGAUCGCAUUGCCGUAAAUAUUUGGAAAAAUGAUGAAAUAGGCCAUGUUUGUUCCUCUGAAGCAGUUCAGCAUCCGCUCAACGUCCCUUCUGAUCGAAGUAUUAAAACAGCUCCUUCUAGUCAUCCUGGAGAAGAUUUAUGGUCUGCGGUUUAUCGUCCGCAGCGUUAUUUUGAUCUGCUAUCCGAC